AUGGAUGUGGUACCCGAUCUAACUUCGUCAAAAGUGAAACUGAGCGGGCACUGUGCUAACAAUGAAAGCAAGGUACUACUAAGGGCAAGCUGGAAGAACGAAGGUCGGAAGAAGCAACUUAACAUGCGUUUCACAACGGCCUACGUUAGGAAUCUAGUAAGUCAGCUGGAAGAGCUACGAUGGCAGAUGCAAACAGUUUCCUAUACAGAAUCUUAUUCGGGACAGUCAGUGACUUUUUCGUCGAAUAACGCGGUAAUGAGUGCUCCGCUGAAGCAAAAAUUUAUCUGUCGCGACAAGCUGAAUAUAACACUGUCCAGUGAACACUACAAGGACUACGUCCUGGAGCUGCAUCCGGAGAUCACCGCACAGCCGUAUCACAUCGCCAGCAGUCAUCCGAGCUGUAUGCUUUAUCAUCAUGAAUUUGUAUUACGCAUGCACAGCCAGCUUUUAUUCAUUCCGGCUCACAAGUAUAAAUUUCAGAGCACUAAAUAG